AUGCAUAUUGAUACUAUCUUUGUAAUUGGCACCACUAUGAAUAAAACACGACGACAAGUUAGUCGACGUCGAUCGAUUAUUCGAGAAUUCGGUUUGAAUACAUCCACUCAUGGUAUUCCAGGUAUUGCUCGCAGUCAAAGUAUACAUAAUACAAUUUUCUGGUCGAUUUCUUUCAUUAUUUUCACUGGAAUUACACUAUACUUUGUUAUUCAAGAAAUUCGUAGUUAUUUUGAGUAUUCGACUCAAACAUCAGUGAAUAUCGUUAGUGAAUGGCCACAACAUUUUCCAGCAUUUACCAUUUGUAAUCUUGCACCCGUUCGUUAUGAUCGUUUCAUUGAAUUAUUUACAAACUAUACAGCUUCAUUUAAUAUUACUAAUACAAAUGAUACAACUUCAAUUUCGUUGUUUCAAGCUAAAUAUAUGGGUGAUUUUUUUCAAAUGAAAAUAAAUCGAAAUGAAUCUCUAAAUGAAUUCUUUUUUCCACUCAAUGCAAUGCUCAUGAAAUGCGUCUUUAAUGGACGUCCUUGUUCAGCAGUAAACUUUACUUCAUUUUCAUCAUCUUCCUACGGUUUUUGUUAUACAUUUAAUGCUAAAUUGAAAAAUAGUAAUCACAUACACUAUAGCAACGAAUAUGGUGGAUCCGGUGUCGGUAUGAUAGCGAUGGUGCAUGAUAAUGCCCAAUUACCCUUGAUUGAUUCUGCUGGUAUGGCAUUAGCAACUGGAUUUAAACAUCGAGUUACAUAUACGAAAAAGAUUAUCUCAUAUUUACGUUCUCCUUAUUCGACAUGUAAUGAUGAAAUACCUCCUAUGAUGCAAGCUAUGUUUGAUAAUUAUCAAGACGCUGAAUAUGCAUACUCAGAAGAUAUCUGUUAUGAAUUAUGCACGGUAGUAUUUACGUAUCAGCAAUGUGGUUGCAUCAAUCCCAUACAAUGGAAUAGUCGCUUGAUUUUUCUACCUGAGACUAAAGAAAUGAUUAUGGCUUCUUUAUGUAAUACAUCUGAUAAGUGUUACUCGGAAGCAGCUCAUGUUUUCUUGACGUCGUCACCCUUGCUUGAGAAAUAUUGUUCAUACUGUCCACAGCAAUGUUUUGUCACGGACUUCAAUAUCAAGCCUUCACUAUGGAAAGCACCGCCAACAUGGUUACUGGACGAUAUUAAAACAUUUGUUGAAAAUUCCGAAAUUCCAUUGCCUAUGGAUUGGUCAACAAAUUGGCGUUCUCAUAUUGACUCGAGCUAUCUCUCGGUCGAAUUAGUACAUCAAUCGACUCUGAUUGAGAAUUAUACUCAAACAGCAACAAUGUCUGCAGUCGAUGUUCUGUCCAAUGUUGGUGGUCAAACAGGUCUUUGGAUCGGUGUCAGUUUUCUAUCUUUAAUGGAACUAGCAGAAAUGCUCUAUCGACUUGCACGAUACCAAUAUCAUGCUAUUCGAAGAAAUCAUAAUAGAACUAAAGAUGAUAGUAAAGUUUAA